CAACUGUCACCAAAGCAAUAUCUCAGGAAUGUCUGACUCUCAUUUUCUCAUUUCUCAUAUUUCUCUCUCUCUUUCUUUACCACCAUCCUUUGACCAUAUCUCAACCCUCCAUUUUCAUCAUCAUCAUCUUCUCCUUCUUCUUCUUCACUCGUCCUCUGUUCUUCCCUCUCUUUCUUCCAAAUUACCCCUUCUUCUCUUUUCCCUCUAAACCCCCCAAAAUGGGUUCUCCAUUCUAAUUACAUCCAUUCUUCAUUUCUCUGUUUCUGUCUGAUCCCACCCUUCUUAUGUUUUUCUUUCUUCCUUCCUUCUCCGUUUUCCCUCUCUCGUUUACUCUAACCUUCACGAUCUUCAGAGUAAAGGGUUGUGAUUAAAAUUAGAACCCAUUUACGGAUUUUCUCCAUUUUUUUUAGAUAUUUCUUCUUUACCUUCCAAAUCCCAACAGAAAAUCCGCAAAAAUCUCCAACCCCACGUCGAGGGUUGAGCUUGGUUCAUGCCUGAACCAUUACCAAUUUCAUUUCCCAAUUUACGGAUUCUUUCACCUUAAUGGGAAAUGUAACCGGUAGUGUGGCUGCGAAAUUUGCCUUUUUCCCACCGGACCCUCCAACCUAUGACGUUUUUAGAGGAGAUGAUGGAAGGCUUGCCUUCUCCGGCGUCUCUGCCGAUAGGAAUAUGAGCGUUCAUUUGCUUGAUACUAAGGCCGGUAAUAGGAUUGUUGCUACCUUCUGGAAACACCCUUAUGCCCGGUUUACGCUUCUUUAUUCCCACGGGAAUGCCGCUGACCUCGGUCAGAUGCACGAUCUCUUCGUUGAGCUCAGAGCUCAUCUUCGCGUUAACAUCAUGAGCUACGACUACUCGGGAUAUGGAGCUUCUUCUGGUAAGCCAUCUGAAUUCAAUACUUACUACGAUAUAGAGGCUGUUUACAACUGUUUGAAGAGUGAUUAUGGGAUCAAGCAAGAAGAAUUGAUUUUAUAUGGCCAAUCUGUGGGGAGUGGACCGACGCUUCAUUUGGCGUCUCGACUACAAAGAUUAAGAGGCGUUGUUCUCCACAGUGCCAUACUUUCAGGCAUUCGAGUAUUGUAUCCUGUCAAAAUGACAUUUUGGUUUGACAUUUUCAAGAACAUAGACAAAAUAAGGCUGGUGUCAUGUCCCGUUUUGGUUAUACAUGGAACAAAUGACGAUAUUGUGGAUUGGUCUCAUGGAAAACGACUGUGGGAGCUUGCGAAGGAAAAAUAUGAUCCAUUAUGGGUGAAAGGCGGGGGACAUUGUAACCUCGAAACAUAUCCUGAGUACAUUAAGCACUUGCGCAGGUUCAUUAAUGCAAUGGAGAAGCUCUCAGCUAAACAGACAGCGAAACAACUCACUUCUACUCCAAGCAUUACGGAAGUAAAACACAACAAGUGCUUGAGAUUUGGAAAGAAAUAGUUUGUUCAUCAAAUGAUUGAUUGAAGUAGGGACUGAAUCAAAGAUUAGUUUCAUUGCACCUGCUCCGCUGGUCGUGACGACGAGCUGUUGCUGCAAUUGCUACAUGAAAGUCAAAAAGCGUUCAACAAUGAAGCUGGCACGGCGUGAGCUGAAUGUGAAUUAUAUAGGUUUCCUUCUACCAUUUUCAGAUCAUACUCUUGAGUAUAACUCUCUUAUUCAUCGUCAAAAGAGAGAGUAAAUUUUGAUCAGCACUUUCACCUGUUGUUAAGUUAAAAGGAAAGCAUUGAGCUCAGGUCAUCUGUUUCAGAGAGAGAUUUUAAUGGUAUAUUCCAUGUUCUUGUUUACACUUUCUCAAUAACAUCAAUUUUUAGAGUAGAAUUGUAUUUUGCCCUUUUUUUUUUUUCCUUAUGUAUAUUUUUUUUUACCUAUUUUCUAGUUUUCUUUCUUUGAGGAAUUUUUUUCCCAAUUCCUAGUUGUAUGUUUAUGUUGGGUAUUUAAUAGAACAUUAUGUAUUUUGUUUCUUUGUAUAUAAGUUUCAUAUUUCUUAAUUCAAA